AGGCGGGGCCAGAAAGCUGACGCACGAGGGUACUGUCUUUGUAGCUUCUGGACGGGGCGGAGCCUCACCAGUCCGCAGGGACAGAGUAGAGAUCGUCGCCCAAGCGCGCGGUUUCUUACUCUCUCAGCCUCAGACCGGGCAGACUAGCUUUGGGGAGCGAAGAGGGUACGCAGUCACCCCGCAAUGUCUGGUGAGUUAGGUCCGCCACAGGCCGGCCCGUCACGUGCUGGGCAUGAUUCGCCAAACGCGGAGAGAAAUCGUAUUGGGGUCCCGGGAGGUGUGAUCCGAAGGGCCGGUGCCACGGGGCGCAGGUCCUGGAUCCAAAAGGUUCUUGAGCAAAUAACGGAUUCACCUCGCCAGUGGGUCACCCCUUCGGAGGUGGUGCCUGUCGCUGUUUUGGCCGUCCAGAGGUACCUGUUAGAGGAUGAGCCACGCGACGUGGAACCUAAACCUCCGCUUUACUGCUAUGAUGUGACCAUCUCGGACGGGGUGUACCAGGAGAAGUGCUACCUGGAUCCCAGCCUGAAUUCUCUCGUAUAUAAAAAUAUUCUCAAAGUUGGCAUAGAAAUGAAAAUUUCGAGAGUCUCGUGCAUUUACAACGAGAAAAGAUUAGGCCAGGGGAUCCUGUGCAUAGAUAGCGUCCACUGCGGGGAGACCUUGGAGGCUAUUUCUUUAGAAACUCCCUUUAGAAAUAGAGCGCACCGGGAGGUACCCGAGAGGCCAUUGAGGGGCGGAAAGAGUCAUUACCUGGCCCUGUGGAAUAACGAAGAUCCGUACGGAGAUAUCUGGUUAACCAACAAGCAGCCCGAGGAGCACAACUUUAACAAUACCAGAAUAAUUUCCCUUUCUCACCUUGAAAUGACCUGGUCUAACAGAAGGAAUUUUCCUGCUUUGCUUGUGAGAAUCUUGCAUAAGUCAAAACUGCGAUACUAUGGAAAACCUGAUAGAAAGAUGAUUGAGCCAUACCAGACAUUUUUGGAAGUCGCUGACAGUUCAGGCACAGUGUCUGUGAUUAUGUGGAAUGCCUUGUGUCCUGAGUGGUAUAAAAGUUUGCGUGUUGGUUUAGUUCUUCUACUUCAAGAUUAUUCUGUUAAAAAGAGUUAUCCAUUCAGGAUGCAGCCUCUCCCCGUGGAUCCACAUAUCAAACUAAUUUCUACAAUGGAAAUCUGCCUGAACCUUCGAGAUCCUCCAACUAACAUAAUUAUCAUUCCAGAAAGGCAGGUGAAACCAGAAUGGAGGUUGCCAAAGUUAUAUCACCGCUUUAUCACCAGAUCAGAACUGGAUGAUAUGCCAGGAAAUCGUAUCUGUGAUGUUAUUGGCAUUUUAGUUUUUGUAGGAAGGGUCCAGCGGUCAAAAAAGAAGGAAAGCCGUGAAGAUUUUUGGUCAUAUCGCUGGAUUCACAUUGCUGACGGAACUUCAGAACAGCCAUUUAUAGUGGAACUGUUUUCUACAUCUCAGCCAGAAAUCUUUGAAAAUAUUUACCCAAUGACCUAUUUCAUCUGCACACAGUUGAAAGUUGUCAGAAAUGACACUCAAGUACCGAAACUGCUUUACCUCACCACUACAAAUGAAAGUCGAGUGUUUAUUACUGGUCAUAGAGGCCAGCCGUAUACCAACAAUACCAAGGUAAAAAACUUUAUUCAGUGGAUUAAAACAAAGACCGAUUCUGGGGAAGUGAAGAAUACUGUUAUUGGUGGAUAUUACCCCUAUCCACCAGUGCCAGAGACCUUUUCCAAGUAUAGUAGUUCUGUUAAAGUUGAGUCGCUCUUGACAGCUAUAAGUGAAGUGAGGAAGGAGAUUGAAGACUUGCAGUAUAGGGAACAAAAGCGCAUUGCAAUUCAGGGAAUAAUUACUGUUAUAAAGUAUGUCCCCCAUAGAAUUCCAACUGAAAGUGCCUCAGCAUCAGAAACACCACGGAAUGCUAACCGACCCUCAACAUCCCAAGCAGCUAAAAGAGAAAGUCAGAAUCAGGAAAGAGAUGGUAAACAUUAUCCAGAUGAUGGUCCUUUGGCUUCUCAAGGUAUUCAUACUUCAUCUGGAAGUUUGAGCCCUACCAAGAAAAAAAGAAUUGUACAAGGGCCAUCUGACAAACCAGUUACUGUGCCUCAGCCAGAAACUUCUGCAGAAUCAAAAGGAAAUAAACCAACCACAUCAAGCAACGUCCAACGUCGAGGAAGCACAGGCAUUGGCGUCCAAGGGAAAGCCAGAAAAACUAUAAGUGAUAGAUGGGAAAGCCUGCUGUGGAGAGAGAAAAAGUUCGGCUUAAUAGAUCACCUACGUUACAGCUCUGUUCAUCCUGAAAGUAUUCCACGGAAAUUUAUUUUUGAACACAGAAAUUUUCUUACCCAGCAGUAUAAUUCUCAGCCUGCAAAAUACAUACCACCAGAAGGAAGACCCCCAAAACUUGAUGACUUUAAGAGUGCCCGAAGUCUUGGACAUUUUGAAAUAACCAUCUUAGGUCUGAACCACGAGAUAGCAAUCGAUGUUGCGUUCCUCCCCAUGUAUUCUCCAGAAGACAUCCGAACAUCUCAAAUAGACACAUUAUUAACCUGCAUGAAUUACAGCUGUGUGUUUCCACAGGAAGGGCCUAGCACUGACAAAGUGCGAGGUCCAAGAGCACUUGCAGGUGAUAUUAUAAAAGCAGCAACUGAACUGGAUAGAGUGCAUAUCGUCUGUAUCUUGGAUAUUUGUAGUUUGGGUAACAAUAAAGCAGAGGUCUAUUUGCAGAAAAUUUAUAGACCUGAUAAUCCUUCUUAAAAAUUGUCAAAUGAAAUUAUUAAAGGGCAUUGCUUGAAAGACAUUCUGUCAUUUUGUUGGUAGUUUCAGUAACUGUUUUCUCAUUUAAAAUAUUACAUAAACUCUAAAGUUAAGCGGUUUUAUGUUCAUCUUGUUUUUGGAACUAACACUUCAUUUUGAAUUCAUUACUGAAAAAGUCAUCAAAACAAUUUUUGUGUAUCAAGAAAAUGUACCUUACUUCUUUCUAUAUGACUGUUAACUUGACUUUAAUGAUUUGUGUUCACUGUUCUAUUUGUGAAGUGGCCUUUUAUUCUAAAGCCUCAGUAGAAGGCAUCCCAACUAACAAGAGUAACUUUUCAUGGGCAUUUAACACCUUUCCGUUUGCAUUAAGCUAUAAUGCGAAAUUUUGAAUUGCUAAUUUGAAGAUGAAAUUCUCCUAAAGUGGUGCAAUUUUGAAUUGCUAAUUUGAAGAUGAAAUUCUCCUAAAGUGGUCAACCAACAUUUCUCACAGCCAAGACAGUUUCUGUCAUUUUCAAAAGCACACAUGGAUUGUUAUGGCUCAGGUGCCUUGGUCAUGAGUUUGGUCAGCUGUAAAAGAGCAUGCUUAAUUAAAUUGUCUUAAGGUUUUCCAUUCCCUAUUGUGAUUUCAUAUCCUUUUAAUAUCUGAAUGUUUUGACUAGUGUGUGUCUGUAUUCUCACCAUGUUCAUUUCUGAUUGUGGUACCUGUAGUGUGAGUUUUAAAUAGUUAAAAUUUGUCUCAAAUUACCAUUUUAAGAGCUCAUUUUGAAAGUAUAAAACAAUAGCUACAGGAAUUGUUUCACUCUGGUUGUCUAGCUUACUUCAUUUUAACUGUAAGUGGCCAUUCCGCAUUUUGCAAGGCUCUGUGGUUGACAUCUAUGUGGUUAGUUAGAUGUGCUAAAAUGACCAUCACAUGAAUUUCAAAGUACUCUGUAUCAAGAUGAAUCUUACUGUCAUUAAGCUGUUAACUUGUAAUAUUUCCUUCUAGCCCUGUGGUUCUGUGAUUUCAUAUGCUAUACAUUUUAGAUGUGUUGGGCAUCUCAAAAACCUAAAGACAGAUGCUGCAAUUUGUUCAUAAAUGUGUUCAGUCCUUUGUUCUUUAAAAUUGUGUUUAAAUGUUAAUUAGUGAAUCAUUCUCAUGUUAAAAUUUUGAGUGUAUUAUUAAAGAAUUUAAAACCUG